GACACAUAUAAGCGUCCAUCGAAUUAGGGUUCGCUUCUUUCCGUGAAUUGCAGAGAGAGAGAUGGCGAAGUCGAAGAAUCACACUGCUCAUAACCAGUCUUACAAAGCACACAAGAAUGGCAUCAAAAAGCCAAAGAGGCACCGUCACACUUCAACCAAAGGGAUGGAUCCUAAGUUUCUGAGGAAUCAGAGGUACGCUAGAAAGCACAACAAGAAAAAUGGUGAAGUCGCCGUUGAAGAAUAGUAAAGAUCAUAUUUCUGAUUAAUGAUUUAUGUCUAAACAAAACUAUCUUAGACAGUAUUUUCAUUUUUGUGUAAUUCAAUUAAAAUGCACUACUACUCUGUUGUUGACAGUUAUUAUUUGAUCAAAACUUAGAUCCUUA